CCAAAACGGUCUUUGUAUGAAUAUAAUAGCAGAUCGUUAUCGUAAAAUCUUCAACGCUGAAAAAUCAAUAACAUAAUGGCGGGGUGGUGGUGGAAAACAGCGGUGUUAAUAGCAAUCUCCGCCUUACUACUCCGAUCAUACGGCGGAGAAGCAAUCGGAAUUGGAUUUGAUAAAGAAUCGUUUAUGAAAUGGAUGAGAGAUUUAUCUGAUAAACUUGGAGUUUGGGCGAUUCCACUUUACAUCGCUAUUCAUACAAUUUCAAUUGCUCUUUGUUUACCUUCUGCUAUUUUCCUUGAAACUGCUGCUUCUCUUCUCUUUGGUUGGUUUGCUUCUGUUCUUUGUGUUUUCUCUGCUAAGAUCCUCGCUGCUUCCUUAUCUUUCUCCAUUGGCAGGUUAGUAUUCAGGAAUUCAACCUCGGCAAUGGACUGGGCUAGAAGGAACAAAUAUUUUAAAAUCCUUGCGAAUGGAGUUGAGCGAGAUGGCUGGAAGUUUGUUCUUCUUGCUCGGUUCUCGCCUGUGCCAUCCUAUAUCAUUAACUAUACCUUAGCUGCUACCGAAGUUAGGUUCUUUUUGGAUUUUCUUCUUCCUACCAUUGUCGGAUGCAUCCCCAUGAUCUUACAGAAUACAUCUAUAGGAAGUCUUGCCGGUGCAGCUGUUGCCACAGCCUCUGGCUCUAAAAAAUCUCAAUUUUGGUCUUACUUUUUCCCCAUCGUUGGUAUUUUAUCUAGUGUACUUAUUUCUUUGAGAAUUAAAAAGUAUUCGUCCCAAAUUUCAGUACCAGAAAUUUCUUCCGACAAAGAUAACACUGUCGAGUCAAAACAACAAAAAUAAAAUUACCUAGUAGCGAAGAGGCUGUAUGUUUUAAUGUUAGUAAACUGGUGCAUGGUUAGUGCUCAUUAACCGUCCUUCAGUUUACUGAUCGAACUCUCUGUUUGGGACAAUACUGAAGAGACUCUAAUUUUGUAUAACUGUCAAUUUUGUUGUUGUUAGUAUAUUUGUUUUUUUUUUUGUUGAUGUUAGACUAUGGAACCUUUUUCUGUGCAAAUAUUCUAUGGUAAUGAAGGGUGCUGGUUUGCUGACUUUUGUGCUUA